AUGCCCAGCAUCGCCGUCCUCGGCGGCCUCCUAACGGACUACAUCAUCCCACUCCCGCGCCUGCCGAAAUUAGGAGAAUCGCUCGACGCCGCGCCGGGGCAGGCCGUGCUGGAAGUCCCCGGCGGCAAAGGCGGGAAUGUGUGUGUUGCGGCGGUGAGGGUUUCGCGUGUGCGACCUGAUCGGAGGAGGGAUGAGAUGAAAGGAAGAGGAGGAGGAGGAGGAGAAGAAGAAGAAGAAGAAGAAGAAGAAGAAGUGAGGGUCUACAUGAACGGCGCCGUGGGCGAUGACGAAGCCGGCAAACGGUUGAAGAGCGGUUUACAAGCCGAAGGGGUGCACGUGGACGGGGUGCAGGAGCUCGCCGGCGCGAAGAGUGGGGUUUGCGUCGUGCUGGUGGAGGAGGGCAGUAGUGGGGAGAGCGGGAAUGUGGGUGUGCCCGGGGCGAAUGCGCGGUAUCGCCUCCCUGGCAAAGAGGAGGGGGUACGGGGUCUGGUGGGAGGGGCGGCGGAGACACCGCCAGAUCUGCUCGUCAUGAAUCUCGCGCAGAUUUCACGGGACGAAGUCGUGUUGCCGGUAUUGGGAAUGGCGCGGCGGGCCGGGGUGGAUGUGUUUCUGAAUGCGUCGCCGGCGGAGCACUUGGUGGGGAUUCCGGCGUGGUGGCGGGGGGUCAAGAGUUUGGUGGUGAAUGAGCACGAGGCGGUGGUGUUGUGUGGGGUGGCAGAGGUGCGGAGUGUGGCGGGAAGGCGGGCGGUGUGGGAGGCGUUUCUGGGCGAUGACGACGAUGGGGCGGAGAGUGUGGUGCUUACGCUGGGGAAGGAAGGGGCGUAUUUUGCGGAGAAGGGGGGAGGGGGACGGGAAGGGUUUGUGGCAGGUGUGAAGGCGGAGAGGGUCGUGGAUACUACCGGGGCUGGGUGAGUUUGGAUGGAACAUGCUCUCAUACAUAUAUAUAUAUAUAUAUAUAUAUGGGGGAGACUUUUUGGUGCUGACGGGGAUUUUCUACUCCUAGGGACUGUUUUCUCGGAGCCUACGCGGUGGAAUACGUACGACAGAAGCAGGCGGGAGGAUGGGAUAUCGCCGCAGCAGUGCGGUUUGCCUGCAAAGCUGCCGCGAAAUCCGUGGAGAGGAUGGGAUGCCAGGCCGGACUACCUUACGCGGAUGAGAUUGUCUGA